GUGGAGAGCAGGCAUGUCAGAGGAGAUAGGGAAAGCUUUGCAGUCUGUGCGGGAGAGGGUCCAGCAUGCUGCAGCCAGGAGGAUCAAGACUCUGCCAGCAAUUGAUCCCAGGCUGGUGGCGGUCAGUAAAACGAAGCCAGUGGACGUGGUUAUUGAAGCUUACAGACAUGGGCAGCGAUACUUCGGAGAAAACUAUGUUCAAGAGUUAGCUGAAAAGGCUUCAGAUCCAAGUCUUCUAUCUUCUUGCCCAGACAUCAAAUGGCACUUUAUCGGGCAUCUGCAGAAGACGCACAUCAACAAGUUAGUUGGUGUCCCAAACCUUUACAUUCUGGAGACCAUAGACUCAGUGAAACUGGCUGACAAGGUAAACAGUUCCUGGCAAAAGAAGGGAUCAUCAGAAAAGCUAAAGGUCAUGGUGCAGGUGAACACAAGCAGUGAGGACAGUAAGUAUGGCCUUGCACCAGCUGAAACUGCCGAACUUGUUAAACAUAUCAGAGAGAAAUGCCCCAGCCUGGAAUUUGUGGGGCUGAUGACAAUUGGGAGCUUUGGUUAUGAUCUAACCCAGGGACCCAAUCCUGAUUUUCAGAUGCUGCUGGCUCAGAGGGAUAUGGUGUGUGAAAAGCUGGGACUUCAGAUCGACUCUGUGGAACUCAGUAUGGGAAUGUCCUCGGAUUUUGAGCAUGCAAUCGAGGUUGGAUCCACAAACGUGCGAAUUGGCAGCACUUUAUUUGGUGAUCGGGUUUACUCUAAGGCUGUGAAGGAAGGCGCAAAUGUAACCAGUACCCAGAACAAAUCAUAGGCCCUUAAAAAGUACAAGAGCUGCGACUGGAGGAGGAUGCAAUGAUCAACAGAUAAGAGGUGCUAACCAAAUGAAUGUCAAUAAAAUCCUCUAUAGUCAUUUUCACCUCCUUUGAGCCAAAUGUCAUAUUUGAUUUUCUUGGCAUAUUUAUGAAUCCUCACAGUUGCACUUAUUUUCUUGAAAUGGACCUGAAGGAAGAACCAUUUUGUAUGUGUUUACCCUUUGAGGAGAAUAAUGAAACUGGAUCUCCUUUAACUGCCAGAAACCAUAGAUUUUCCAGUCUGAUACAUCUAAUUUCAUUGACUAUAUUGCACACCAACUAACCGCACUGGAAAACCAGGCUGCGCAGAAAACUGUCUUUUCAGGAAAUAACUUAUAAGACAUAGUUGUAAUAAUCAGGGUUACUAGUGCAGCCAUGUUGUACUUAAUAAGCUGCCUUGGGCUUCAAAAACUCAUAUCAGAUAAGUGAAUGUUUUUUGUGUUUUAAUUUCCCAUCAUCUAACUAAUGAAUGUGACAUCCCAAAUGUGCUUGGUGGCUGAUUGGUCAUGAAAUAAAAGUGCAAUCUGGA